AUGUCGACAGCAAGAUCUCGGCCGAUGCAACAUAUCGACCGCAAGUCGUUGUACACCAACCUUGAGGCCCGGAUUCAAUACCUGCAUUCAUUUCUCGACUUCGGUUCUGGUGACAUUGAUGCCCUAAGAUCAGGCUCUAAAUACAUUCAGGCGUUGAUCCCGGCAGUAGUCAACAUUGUCUACCGGAAACUUCUCCAGUAUGAUAUCACUGCCCGGGCGUUCACAACCAGGAGUACUUCCUUCGAAGGCCCCAUGGACGAGGAGCCGGACGAGAUGAGCCCGCAGAUCCUCCACCGCAAGCAAUUCCUCAGAGCAUACCUUAAGAAGCUAUGCUCCGACCCAUCUCAGAUGGAGUUCUGGGAGUACCUCGACAAAGUCGGCAUGAUGCACACUGGGAUAGGCCGCACACAUCCCCUGCACAUCGAGUAUGUCCACAUCGGCGCGGCGCUGGCCGUCAUCCAGGACAUCCUGAGCGAGGCCAUCCUCUCGCACCCUCGCCUGCACAUCGCGCGCAAGAUCGCUAUUGUGAAGGCGCUCGGCAAGGUCAUCUGGAUCCAGAACGAUCUGUUCGCGAAAUGGUAUGUGCACGACGGCGAGGAGUACACAGAAGGUAUGGACUACGAAGCCCUUGUCGAGAGGGAGGGGUUUAUGCACGGCAAGAAAGUUCUCGCACAUGACGAGGAAUCAAUCUCUGGGGCGAGUGAUGAUAGCCCCGCUCCGCAGAGGGGGGAGAAGAAGGAUGGGGGCGAUGCUGCUGCUGCACCAUCAGCGCCCGUUGGCGUGUGCCCCUUCACGGGAAUGACGACUGGAAUGGGAGGUUUGAAGAUGCAGGAAGGGACGGUGCAGGACGCAAAGCCGAAGGUGAAGUUCGACGAGGAGCCGAAGGCUGCUGAGGUUGUUGUGAAUGGCCAAUGA